CCCUACCCUAAAUACCUAAUUCCGAUUCUGCCGUUUCUGAGAUUUCUCCCAGACAGCCGACGCAGCGAUUCUCCCAGGCUCCCAGCGACGGCCGACGAGCACUCCAGCAGACAGCAAUCAGUGACCUUCUCCGGCGACGCAUCGUAUUCGUGAACCACCAGCCACCAGGUUGAUCUUCUCUAAGUGAAGAGAAUAUGGCGUGUACCAUUGAUUUUAGGUGCCUGGAUGAGGGCUUCGGAGGCAAAACUUACAAGCGAAAGAGGGCAGAGAAGGAAGCCCCCGGCGAUGUAUCGGAGGAAGACGCGGGCACCAUGGAGGUGGAAGAGGAAAGCGGCCCCCCUCCGUCGAAAAGGCAGGCGGUCCCUUCUUCUGAGGAUCCGAACAGGCCGACGUACGACGGUGUUAUAGCGGGGAAGGUGUCAGGUAGGAAGUGGAAGCAGGCACGGACGCACAGGUCGUCGGCGGUGCAGGUGAGCCGGAAGGGGAAGACGCUGGAGCAGAGGGUGAAGGAGAAAGAGAUAAAGAAGGCGUACAAAGAGAGAAUGAAUGAACUGAAGGAGGAGAUAAGGCAGAACAAGAUAGAGAAGCGGCAGAAGAGGGAGGAGAGGGAGAAGAGGAAGAAGGACAACAUUCUCAAGUCUGGUACCAAGUUUCAAAAGAUCACCAACCCUAAGACUCUUAAGAAAAUUGCCAAAUCUGCCAAGCAUAAGAAGCUCCUCAAGGUUGUUUCCGAUGAUCUUCUUAAGUAGUAGCAUCUCUUUGCCCCUUUACUUGUGCUUCUUAUACCUUCCUUUUCAUUAUAGGUCUCUGGAAAUGGUAUGAUUUUAUUUCAAUUUCAAUUUCAAUUUCAAUCAUGUAAACUGUGUUUCAAUUCUUGUUCUCUCAUUAUAUAGUAUAGGGCCAACAGGACUAGUGUUGAGAAGAGGAUUAUUAGUCUACAAUUUUAAAUGCUUCAAACUGAAGCUCUUGGGCAUGUUGU